UCUGGUUCAAUCUGGUCGGCUAGUAUGUUCAAUGCCACUGUCGGGCCUGUGUCUUUACUUCCUGCGCUACAAGUUUACAAGUCAUAUCGGGACGUUAUUUCGGCACGCCAAUUUCUACAUUCACUACAUGCGAGGUUAUUGACGUGUAUCCCCUCAUGACUCAGCAAGAGCAGCAGGAGUUUAGUGAGAGCCUGGAAGCAGCCCUGUGCUGGAUGCAGGCCAUCCAAGAGAGGCUCCGCACCAACGACAACACUCAGGGCCCCCGGGCAGCCCUGGAGGCCCGCCUGCGAGAGACUGAGAAAAUCCACGAGUCAGAGCAUGAUGGUCGAGUGAAGAUGGACAUGGUUUUGGUGGCCGCUGAGGUUCUGUUGCAGAACGGAGAUGAGGAGACAAGGAACCAGACCCACACCAAACUGAAGGACCUCAAAGCAUUAUGGGAGGAGACCUGCACUUACAUCAUUCACUGUCACAGUCGAAUAGAGUGGGUGUGGCUGCAUUGGAGUGAGUAUUUGAAGGCCUACGAGGAGUUUGAGCUGUGGCUAGCCAAGCUACGGCGGACUUUAGACGCAGAGGCAGAGCUUCAGCUGGGCGUGAAAGAGAAGCUGUGGCAGGUGGACCACCUGAGGGUGAUAGUGAGCGAUGUCCAGGCCCAGGCCCCGCUCCUGGAGAGGCUGCUGGAUGAGGCUGCUGCCCUGCACAACCGCACCCAGGACCCCAGUGUGGACCCCCAGGCCCAGGAAAGUCUUCAGGAGGCCUACAACAACAUCAGGGACCAGUCAGAGGAGCGUCUAGCGUUGCUUCAGAAGAUGGCUGAAGAGCACCAGAUGUACCAGAACUCUGUGUUGAAGUUCCAGUCAUGGCUGGUGUCCAAGACCGGGGAACUCAGCAUCCUCAUGGAGAGGGAGGGCUCUCCAGAGAACAGGCUGAAAGCCCUACAGACUCUGGACGACAGUGUGGCCAGUGAGGAGAAGACCCUGCUGCACAUCGAAGGCCUGGCAGAGGCCGUGCACUCCCACACUUCUCCAGCAGGGGCGGAGGUGGUAGUGGAGGAGGCGGAGGAGCUGAGGCUGGGCUGGCAGAGGCUGAGGCAGGGGCUGUACGAGGCCGGUGAGGGCCUGAGGUUUAGCCUGGACUCUCAGAGCCAGUACCUGGCCCGGUGUCAGAGACUGGGGAAGGACAUUGCAGGGCUCAGGGCCCAGCUCCAGGGGCUUAGCAGAGAGCUAGAAGGAAAAGAGGCGGGAGAGACGGAGGAGCAGAUGGUGGUACAGUGGAGGAAGUACACAAAUGUUCGGAAUGCUCUUGCGGCUGAGGAAUCCCAGGUGGAACACCUCAAGACCCAGCUCAAAGAACUCUUCCGCUUCUCCCAUGAUUCCCGGCACCUCUCAGAUGAUGUGCUGGCUGCAGUCAAGGAACACCAGAGUGUGAAGUGCCGGGCGGGGAAGCUGUGUUCGGAGGCAGAAGCAGGGCUGAGGCAGGUGCUGCAGGACCCCCUCCAUGUCUUCUCACAGUGGAGCCAGAGGGUGUCUCAAGUUCUAGAAGCUUCCAAUGAAGUGUCAGAGUUUUCCCACAUUGCACGGCUGGUGCAGGACAUUGAGCGGCUCCUGAAGCCGAGCCUGCAGCUGCAGGAGCGUUUGAGCCUGUUGCAGGUGAAGAAGGAGCUUCUGAUCUCUGUGUUGGGCCACGAGGGGGCAGAGGGGCUGCUGGAUGAGCUUGGCGGGGCCAUGAGGAACCGAGAGAUCCUGCACAGCCAGCUGCUGCAGAGAAAGAGCCGGCUGCAGGGUUUGAUAUCCAGGACCAAAGAUUUUGGGGAUGCCUAUGAAUCAAUCCGCAAGAAGCUGACUCCUCUGAAAGACCGGCUGGUAGCAGCUGACAGCCUCCAGCCAGAUAUACUGGCUAAAAAGAGCCAGUCAGACCAGCUCAGGGUUGUCAAAAAGGACCUGGAGGACUGUGAAGCCCACAUCAUGGCCCUAGAGACCCUGGUGUCCAGCAGCCAGACCCACAGAGCCCAGUACGACAGGCUCUACGGGGAUUGGAAGCUCCUGUACAAGACUGUCAGGGUGAGGGUGAAAGACAGCGAGGAGAGCAUCGCUGAGCACGAGACCUUCCACGAGAGCCUCCUGAAUGUGGAGAAGUGGCUGAUGAUCAUGAGGCAGAAGCUGGAGUCCUACCAGAGCCCGUCUGGGGAGUGGAGCGUGGACAACAGAGAGCAGGAGGCCCAGAAGGCGCUGGGUGAGUUUCCAGAGAAGGAGCUGCAGCUCCACCAGAUGGAGGCACAGGGCCAGGGGGUGCUAGAGAGAACCUCUGAGCAGGGCACGGUGCACAUCCUCAGCGACAUGAGGCGCCUGCGAGAGUCCUGGAUGGCCCUCCACGAUCUCAGCCUCAACCUCUACAGGCUGCUGAAUAGCCACAGUUCCAACUCAGACUUCCAGAACGAGAGGGUUAGAGAGCAUAGUGGUGACCACACAGACAACAAGCUUCUGUGCAGGGAGGGAGGGAGCCAGCUCAUGGCCUCCAAAAGCUCCAACAGUCAGAGACAAGGACAGCCAGAGGGCAACCCAGAACAGGGCCCCAGUGUGUGGGCUUGCGAGAGCUCUGGGCCUGAGCUAGGGGGUAGGAUGGAGGAAAGGGAAGAAGAUCAUUUUGUGGCAGGUCAAAGAGGGGUGAGUAGAGGUCAGGGUGUGUGGGUCCAGGGUGGGUUUGAAGAGAGUAACAUGGCAGCUAUGGGCAGUUCACCGAUGCAAGUGAGAGUACUGGGCACUUUCAAUCAAACUCCGUCCAGAUUACAAGACGAGGCAAGCCAAAGAGCGGGGAGUGGGGGCGGGCAUACUGGGAAAGGGAAGGAGGGGGAGAGGGGCAGACAGGGCCCCGGAGUAGAGGAGGUUGACUCUUGGGGGGGGACUCAACUUACAGGGCAAGAUACCCUAAGAGGAGGUAGAAGUGCCCAGACUAGCGGGGGUUUGGGGCUUUCCAAGUCCAGUGAUAGAACUGAGGAAUGGAUGGACGAGCAGCUAUCCCGGGACACGGUCAACACACAAGUGGCGUCUGUGCGCGCCGGUUACGGUCACGGUAGCAGAGAGAGCAGCAGACAUGGGAUCCAAGGAGAAGAUGAGGUGGGGAGAAGCGAAGGGGAGCGCUUGGGUGAGGGAGGGGCCUUCACCUCUGUUGGAAAGGGCUCGGGGUUGACCCCAUUGUCUCUCCGAAACUCGGCGAUGACGAAACGCGCCGUGGGAGCCACGCAGCAUGUAGAGGGGAGCCCGGGGCAGGCCUUGAGCACAGCUGAGUAUGAGAAGAGGAGAGGGGAGUUUGAGGCCUGGCUACUCAAAGAGAAUGAAGUCCUUUCAGGAAUACUCAACUCCAGGGGGUCGAUCAGCAGCAAGGAACUCAAGAUCAGACAGGACACACUCAAGGCCUUGCGGUCAGGUGUGGGCUGGGGUCAGGAGCAGUUCCAGAGCCUUCUACAGGUGGGCCAGCGUCCUGGUUCAGGGGUCAGGACCAAAUCAGAGCCUGGGGUAGAGGAUAUGAGUCUGGAGGAGCUUAGGUAUCGCUGGAUGCUCUACAAGUCCAAACUGAAGGAUGUGGGAGACCUUAAGACUCACCUCAGUGUCAAGGGUGUCAGAGCAGGACAAGAUGAGACCACCAAAAUACAAAAGCAGAAGAGGCCCAGCCUGCUGUACCGUGUGUGCAGGGUGGCAUUACCCCUCCAGAUCCUGCUGCUGGCGCUUCUCCUUCUGGCUUUCCUCCUGCCCCUCAUGGAUGAAGGGGCCAGCUGCUCCCUAUCCAACAACUUCGCCCGCUCCUUUAACAUCAUGCUGCGAUACGACGGACCUCCGCCAACAUAGACAGCAGGCCUACAUCUACACAUGGACUUACCUGUACUUGGACGACAACUCAUCAUCCAUUAUGGGCUGCAACAUUUAUACACGUACUACAACAUCCAUACAUGGCCGACAACUCCCAAAACCAACUUAUUUGACCGUAAAUCCUCGUCACAAGCUCUUCCACUACGGACCUACUCCACCUACUCAUAGAACUAAAUGAGGAAUACAACUUCCAUAAUCCAUGUUUGGAUACAAAUUCUAUUUGAAACCACUGGACCACACUGUCCAUUUAUAGAAGUAUAGAAUAUAAUACAGCUUAAGCAUUCAUCAAAUACAAUUUACCAUCAUGGAUGCCUGGAAGUAUGACCUAUGACCUUGGGCUUCUGUAAUGUCUGCUUGAUAUUUUGAUAACAAUGGCUGAUUGUGUCUAAGAGAAAUGGCAUGCUGUGUAUAUAUAACCUUCAAUCCAUCGCUAAUCCUGACCUCAAUACUCACCUUCCACUAUUUAAAGUAGAAGGUAAUCGCAAUACCCCAUAUCCUUGCAUAAACCAGGACAGAUGAUGAUGCCAUCUAUCUACAUACACAUACACGCAGACACACACACACAAAGCUUUUCAGAGAGAGAUUAUCAACCCAGACAACCUAAACCAUAUUUUACGGUCAGCCUCAACUGCUCUUCAAGCUGAACAGCAAUGGAUCUCUUCACUUGCUUCGAGCAUAGGGCAGACCGCCAGCAUAUUAGAGGGAUAUCUCUAUCUUGUAGAAUGCUAGCUUUCUACAUCUCCAGUAGGUUCAGUUUCAAGGAUAGUGAACUGGAAAUGAGUACAAUGGACUGUGUAAAAGAUUCUGCGUGACCACUCUGGUGGUCAACUUAAUGCCUCACUCUCUGUCGGCUUCGGAUGCAAGCACCAGAGUGAGUGUGUGUGUGUGUGUGUGUGUGUGUGCGUGUGUGUACAGUAAGUGUUGGUGUGUGGGCGUCUUUGGCUCUUUCCACUUGUUCAUUUUGACUCAAGCUGUUUCACACUCCGAGCUGACACAGUUAGGCCGACACACACACACAUUUGCACUUUAUGCUUUCUAUCUUUUUUCUUACACUCUUGUUCUCUCACUUACACCUUCUGUCUUAAGGACACCAAAUCCUCUUCUCUCUAACUAAUGAAUAUUGACGAACAUGAUGCUCGAGGAUGCUGCUGAUAUCCUCUCAUCAAAUCUUACGCACCCAAAAAGACAAUCAUCUUCCAAAAUUCAAACAUCAAGUAUCAAAUAUUUAAAUCAUAUUUGCAAAAGCAUAGCUUAGUGUAUUCAUUUGCUAUGAAAGUAUUAUGACCUGGCCAUAGCUAGGCUAUCAUGGGUCAAUUGUUUAUGAUAUUUUAUUUUAUUUUUAUCUUAAAAAAACAAACACGUUUGGCAGUUCUUUAAGGAUUUAAUUUUUUUAAUCUCUCCUCAGUACAACAUCUUAUUUGUACUGGUGGAAUGUGUGUUGAAUGAUGCUUUUGACAAGGUGCUAUUCUAGUACUAUUCUUUACUCCAUUGUAAGCAUUCUUAGGCAUAGUUCACUGUUGAAAAUGCAGUUGGAAAGCACCCAGUCACCCAUGCCCUCUACAUUUUCUGGGGCCAGUAUUCUCUUGGGCCCUUUUUUCUACCGUUGAGUUAUAAAAAUGGAAAUAGCUCCUGUUAUGGUAGAAUGUCCUUUUUUGUGCAAACUUUUGACGAAGCACAGACUGGAAACACUCUGUCUCUCUCUCUCACUGCCCACCCCUCUCUAAUACAUUCUUCUGUGAGCUUUUCUUUCUUCCAAAUAUCCCACAUGUUACUAUGACAACAGAGGCCCAAUCCAGUUAGUCAGUUCAGGAUGUGGUCUUUGUUCUUACAAAUGAAGAAGAGGUUACUUCCGCAAAAAGUUUGGGGUUCUGAAUUGGAUUGAAGUUCCCAGAGACUGGGGAUGAUGGAGAUUUUACGAAGUUACAUGAAAGCACACUUUGGUGCCGGGAGGAGGAUGGGGGCUAGGCCUAACACCAUGUUUCACAAUGAGCUGAACAUUUUGAUGGAAAAUACAAGAAGUGUGAACCACUUCUUGUCUGGCUUGUAUUUUUACCAUGGACACCAUUUAUAUGUAACUGUUAUCUAAUCCAAGUUAUGCAAUGCUUGUAGGAAAUGUAUUUAUUCAGCAAACCUAGUACUGAAGAUGAUUAUGUAUGAUUUUAAAGCAAAAUGCAACAUAUAGAACAGGAAAUCAACAGAAUAUAAUUUUUUUGUACGAAUAGCCAAACCCACUUCACAGCUUUAGUCCAUACUAGAUAUUGCAUGCUUGUUUCCCUUUACAAUCAAAGCCGUUUAAAUACAUAGACUGCUUGGGAUGUUGUGUGUAGCAAUGAAAAAAGAAAUCCAUAUGAAUAACUUGAAUGACUUACAGAAGUGCUAUUUUGGAAAGAUAGGGCUGUGGAAUCUGGAUGGAGUUGGGAUAAGCGCAGCAAAGUGGAUGAAAGUGGGAAAAUUGUAUUCGAUUUUUCUGCAAAGCAGAGUGAAUGGAGUACAACUAUUGGUCUGAGAAAUACUAAUGAAUAAUAUUCCAAAUGGACUUUACACUUUAGCUUGAGUAGCUUGUUAUGCAAAGAAAUUGAGUCAAAACAAUUUCAAAGUCUAGACUUUAAAAUUACUAUUUAAAAAACAGGCAGGAUUUUCUUUUGUACAAUGGUACAAUCACUCUAUUUUAUUAUGGUCUUGGAACUCAAUGGAAAUGCUUCAAAUACUGUAUAUCAACAGAGCUUGUAUUUAACCAAUAUUUUUGUAUUGUACUCCAUCAAGAAAUAAAUAUGCAAUGUAUACAAAGUUUAAAACCAA